AUGCCCGCGGGACCCGAUCAGGUUUCCAAGACGAGCAUGCAGUACUCUAGUGCAAUGUUGGGAAUGAAUGAAAUGAAUCCUGUUUGUUCCUUUUUCCCUGGCUUCACGGAGUCUAAACAACCGGCGACUUCCCUUUCUACCUAUGGGGACAGGGGUAUCUCCAAGACUGUGGAAAUUACGACCAUAGCCAAGCCUCCCGACUAUAUUGCUGUGUCCGGUGACCAGCGCUACGUAUGGUUUCACCUCGUCUGCAUCCCACGGGGAGGAGCGCCUCGAGCCGAACCCAGGCUGCGGGUCAUUGAAUUCCAGGAGAUUGUCAAGCAAGCCAGUGUCUUCGGACAGGCGUCCACUGCCAUUGCCUGGAUGAAUGCCAUGAUGCUGUUGGGGCCGGAGGGCAUGCGAUUGAUACCUGCCGUGCCGGCCACGGGAGCUAGCAGCUACUACAGGCCUACCCGUCAAUUUCAUGCCGCAAGAGGAUGGUCUGGAACCGUUUCCGGCUUGGGCACCAAAAUGUGCGGCCCCCUUGGAAAGCCUCGUCCAGUAACGAACCUCCUACAUCUCGUCGAGGGCGAUGCAAUGGACGUUGUCGGGUCGGAGCGAGAUCCCCACAUUCAUGUCAACAGAUGGUUCACGUUGCUUUGGGCGCUCCAAGAGGCGCGUGUGAGGCCUGACAUGUGGAUUUGCGAUCAGUCGUGGGAGCCUUUUCGUCUGCGCCAUUACGUCAAGAGUUUGUACUGGGACGAUCGGCAGAACACAAGUCUUGGAUCAAUUUUCUGCUUUGAUGUAGGAUACAAAUGUUUCCACCUCGAGUCCCCAUCGCCUGCCCGCCUUAUUCCAGCCGAGAUUGUAGAUCAUGCGCCACCAUCAGAGAUUAAUCUGGGCGAUGGGAGUGCUAGCAGAAGCAACAGCACAGUGGUCGGCAUAGCCCAGCACCGAUCGAAUAUGAACAGUUCGGAGCCUUUUGUCAAAGAACGAAAACCUAGUGAGUUCCCGAACGAGAGGUCAACAUACAACUUCUUCAACAAGGCAACCAUUCAAGCAGAGGGACGCACGUACCAAAAGAAGCCCAACCAUUCCCUGGUCAGCAACCUCUCUAAGGCACCACUCAAUGUCAAGAUGCUCGACGAGACGGGAAUGACGUGGUUCGCGAUAGUGAGGCCACGAAUGGACAUGGUAGCCAUCGAGGAGCGGCGCGCCGGCAAGCGUCCCAAAGCCAGAGCCUAUGCCAUGCUCAUUUUGAGCCAAUGUUCCGUCGCUUUCUUCCGGGAGCUCCGUGCCAAGAUUGGCAACGCCGACUUUUUCGGGUCAAGAACCCUGAACAGGGAUGUACCUACAUUGGAGACUGACCUCUGCCGCUUUGAGAUGUCUGCGUCUUUUUAG